UACCACACAUUGGUCAUUUAUAUUCUGCCGUAAUAGCUGAUAGUCUUAAAAGAUAUUAUGAACUUAAUGAUAAAAAAGUUAUACUUAGUACAGGAACUGAUGAACAUGGAUUAAAGAUUCAACAAGCUGCCGCAAAAGUGAAUCAAAGUCCACAAGAAUUUUGUGAUAAUGUAUCUGAAAGAUUUCGUGAACUUUUUGAUAUGGCAAAUAUAAGUUACACUACUUUUAUACGUACAACAGAACAGAAGCAUAAAGACGCGGUAAAGUUUUUUUGGGAACAACUUGUUAAUAAUGGAUAUAUAUAUAAAGGUGUUCAUGAAGGUUGGUAUUCAGUUUCUGAUGAAGCUUUUUAUAACGCGUCACAAUUACAAAUUUCAAAUUCGGAUGAAAAAAUUGCGUUGGUUGAAUGGACUGAAGAAGAGAAUUACAAAUUUCGUCUUUCAAAAUGUAAAGAUGAAUUAUUAAGAUGGUUGGAUGAGAAUCCGGAUGUUAAAGCUUUUAUUAAAAGUGAUUUGGUUGAUAUAUCAGUGUCUAGACCUCAAGCAAGAUUAUAUUGGGGAAUCCCUGUACCUAAAGAUUCGAAUCAAACGAUAUAUGUUUGGUUGGAUGCAUUAAUUAAUUACUUGACUGUUACUGGCUAUCCUUGGCAAUCUCAAGAAAAUUCACAUUCGAUGAGUGGUUGGCCUGUUGAUGUUCAUAUUGUUGGAAAAGAUAUAAUACGAUUUCAUGCAGUUUAUUGGCCUGCCUUUUUAAUGGCUGCAAAGUUACCACUUCCAAAAAAGAUUUUGGCACAUUCACAUUGGAUGAUGAAUAAACAUAAAAUGUCUAAAAGUCGUGGAAAUGUUGUUGAUCCAUUUACAGUUAUGAAAGAGUACGGUGUUGACACCAUUCGUUAUUAUUUAAUGAGAGAUGGUGGCAUUUCUGAUGAUGGAGCAUACGAUCCUACUAUUCUUCAAACGCGACAUCGUAAAGAUUUGGCAGGACAACUUGGGAAUCUGGUGUCACGUAGUACUUCGCUGGCACUUAAUCCUUCGUCAACGGUACCAUUUUCGCCAUCAUUUAUUGAGAAUGUAAACGAUAAAGACAUAACCUUAAUUAAAAUGUUAAAACAAUUACCAGAUCUAGUAAAUAAUCAUUAUAAAAAUGUAGAAUUUGGAAAAGGAUUAGAAUUAAUUUUUGAGGCUAUUGCGGAGGCAAACAAGCAUUUCACGGACAAUGAACCAUGGAAUUUAGUUAGAGAUCCAGAUAAACAAGAAAUGUUAAAUCGUGUAUUAUUCUUUGCUGUUGAAACUGUUAGAAUUUCAGGAAUUUUAUUACAACCAAUAAUGCCAACAAAAAUGAAUGAAUUAUUAGAUAUGAUUGGUGUUAGUAAUGAAGAAAGGAAAUGGAAACAUUCGAGAUUAGGAAAUGGAUGGCAAAUUGUUAAAGAUGGAGGAAAUGUAAAGUUUAAAGUUAAGGAUGGACAUUUUUUGUUUCCAAAAAUUAAAUGA